AUGGGUGAAAGAAAUACGGAAAGUGACAUGGAGAAUCAUUUUCAACUCAUGCAUCCCCUAAUGGAUCACUUCUUCACCCCACUGAUUUGGUACUGCUAUAAUAUGAUGAAGGUAAAGUUCAUGGAGCAGUUAUUCACUUCGUAUGUUGGUUUAUUGAAGAACCUUCAAAUGGUUGUUUCAUGUGUGCUGAAGUAUUUAGGUGUUUUUAACUUUGAAAAUUUGCAUCGUUGGAUACUUUAUUCUUUUUUUGUUGGUUUGAUUUUGAAGGCAAAAGAUAAAGAGAAGGAGCAACUCACAGAGAAUAUGAACAAAUUGCAUAUUGAAGGAUCAUCAUCAUUUGGGAAUGGAUCACCUAACUUCAGAAGAAAACCGGUCAUUAUCAUAGUUGUAGGAAUGACAGGUACUGGGAAAACAACAUUUCUUCAUAGGUUGGUUUGCCACACACAAAUGUCGAAUAUUCGGGGUUAUGUGGUCAAUCUCGACCCAGCUAUCAUGACCCUGCCGUUUGCUGCAAACAUUGAUAUUAGAGAUACUGUUAAGUACAAAGAAGUCAUGAAACAGUUCAACCUUGGCCCUAAUGGUGGAAUUUUGACUUCCCUUAACUUGUUUGCUACCAAGUUUGACGAGGUAGUCUCUGUUAUUGAGAGGCGAGCAGAUCAACUUGACUAUGUUCUUGUGGAUACGCCUGGGCAGAUCGAGAUAUUCACCUGGUCUGCUUCUGGUGCUAUUAUUACAGAAGCAUUUGCCUCCACAUUUCCCACUGUAGUCACCUAUGUUGUUGAUACACCUCGUUCAGAAAAUCCCACCACUUUCAUGAGCAACAUGCUUUAUGCUUGUAGUAUCCUCUAUAGGACUAGGUUACCCCUUAUCUUGGCUUUCAACAAGGUUGAUGUAGCUCAGCAUGAAUUUGCCUUGGAGGAAUUUGGCAUCAACAGGAUUUUCUGGAACACUUUCUCCCUGAAUUGCCAAAUUGAAAUACUUGGUUUGCUUGUAUGUUGUUACUGUCAUAGAUUCACAUUUUUUUUAUGAGAUUUGAUAAUUUUGAUAUUGUACGAAUCCAAGAAUCAGAUUACCAUAGCUUAUCUCAAGUACAUUUUCCUGUAUGCUAUAAAUGUUAUUGUUU